GCCAACUGGAAGCCUGCUCUUUUUGAAGUCCACUAUAUAUUUGAAGGAAGUACACAGCUGCCAUUCGAAGCACGAAUAUUCAUUUUCUCUCUCUCAGGGCCUCGGUUUGAACACAGGUUUGAUCCCAUUGCAGUCUCUCAAACGGUCUUCUUAAAACAAGAUGGCAUCAGAAAAUAAAACCACGCGGCGCAUCAUUCUGGGGUUGAUGACCCUUGGCCCAGACACCACACACGGUGCUCGCAUCACGAGUCUGGAGGAAUUCAAUCGGUGCCUGGACCUUUUUCAAGAGAAAGGCUACAAUGAGGUGGACACUGCUCGACUCUAUGAUGGUGGUCGGCAGGAAGCAUUCACCCGCCAGACAAAAUGGAAGGAUCGAGGUCUGUCGAUGGCAACAAAGUGGGCCCCACUCACACCAGGCGCCCACCGCGCAGAGGUUCUGGAGGAGAAGCUGAACGAGUCCCUACGCGAGCUGGGGACGGACCAGGUGGACAUCUUCUAUCUUCAUGCGGCGGAUCGCACCACCCCUUUUGUAGAGACAUUCAAAACACUCGACAGACUCUACCGACAGGGCAAAUUCAAGCAGCUGGGACUAAGCAACUUCUCCGCUUUUGAGGUUGCCGAAGUCGUAACUCUGUGCAAUGAACGCGGCUGGGUGCGACCCACGAUCUACCAGGCAAUCUACAAUGCGCUGACGCGCGGAAUUGAGGAUGAGCUCAUCCCCUGCUGCCGCCGCUGGGGCAUCGACGUGGUCGUGUUCAACCCCUUGGCAGGCGGGUUCUUUUCAGGCAAAUAUAAGACGACGGAGCAGCCCGCAGACGGAAGAUUUAGUAAUGGAAACCCAAUUCAAGGCAAGAUGUAUCGGGACCGGUACUUCAAAUCCAGCAUCUUCCGUUCUCUGGAGAUACUGGAGCCGGUAGUUCAGAAGCACGGACUGUCAAUGGUAGAGGUGGCCCUUCGCUGGUGUGUUCAUCACUCGGCCUUGAGCAUCACUAAUGGUCGUGAUGGCAUCAUCACGGGAUUUAGUAGCUUUGAGCAGCUCGAGAGUAACCUGAAUGAUUUGGCAAAGGGCCCUCUGCCGACCGAGGUGGUUGAUGCUUUGGACCAAGCUUGGUCUAUUGCCAAGGUUGAUGCAAGCAAGUUCUGGCAUGGGGAACUGGUGUACGGCUAUGAGACUCCGCGCGCGCUGUUAAAGGAGCGCAGCUGACGGAUUACGCGCAGC